UUCAACUGUCUUCCACCGUUAACCCAUCGGUGAUCGCCUGUUAUCUUUGCUUUCUAUUUGAUGUUUGAUGAUGUCUCUCUGUCUUCCAAUGACGUUAUCUGGUCUGUUUCGUCAUUCCUGGUUUGUUCAUUUUUGUCCGCCAGGAGAAUUACAAGAGUGGAACGGACCGAAACUAAAACGUGGUGACCGGAACACAUAGCCGAAGAUGUACAACAACCCCAGAGACAGAGAGUAACACCUACUCAGAACGACUGAACCCUGAACUACCUCUACGGCAAAUAUCAUCACUCCCUCAACCAUCUCGGUUGACUAACAAGAUCCUGAGAACAGGCCGUAGGGAGAUGGGAUGUUGACAAGAGCCAAGCUUCCAGUCCACCUACUGCUUGGAUCACGUAUGUAAUGGUUACUAAUAGCCUCGUGCAGCUUACCAUCACGGCCAGGCGACCCCUUUAUCCUGCACCGUUCGUUGCUGUGUUGCCGUGGAGCAUUUCACAUGUACUACUUCGUCUGAACUCUGGAAUCUGUACGGCUUUCCAUCUCUGGAUGGUGGUCACGAGACAAAGCCGGCAUGAUGCUUAGCCCGGAAAUAACCCCACCAUCCACAUGCAUGUACAGAUGAUUGUACAAGAGCCUGUCUUCUCAACCUUGGGCAGCUGAUGGUGACGAGAGAUGUAUCAGAAUAUCUUCACGGACCCCUUCGCUUCUGUUCUGCCCAUAUCAUCGAAGCCCAAACCUCCAAAAGCCCACCCAUGGUAGCUUCUCUCAGCUUGAGCAAUCUGACGGAACUAGGCAGGUGAGAGUACUUUACCUAUGCGCUUCGGGGUCUUUAUUCGGCCUCACAGCAAGCUCAAAACUAUCGCCAUUGGAGGGAGGCAAUGGGUGCUGACUCAGUAUGCCACCCGAAACACCCGCAUCUGCUGCAAAACGGCCAACACCAUAAAGAGGAAUGAGGGUUUCCAGAGCUGUAAGCCUUAUUCAUGAUCAUGUAACGAAUCUAAAAACCUAUAUAUAUUUGAGGUGGUGUUGAAGGUCGCAAUAUUUUGGGUGUAAGAAUUAAAUCUUGAUUUGAUCGUGGGGCAGCUUUCCAUCCUGAUCUAGAAACUGAUCGACCAAAGCGUUUGUUACCGUCAUUGUUUGUUUCCCCUCCAAGAGCUAGCUACAUAUCUGAUCAAAGGUACCUUAGCUUUUUGCUUUCUUAUUCAUCACGCAUGCCGGCUGGCUUCAAGUACUAUCAGCCAGACCCCGCCAAUACCGACGCUUUGUCAAUGAUACCGCCGUUCAAAAUGGCGGCAUCGUGUUCGACCCAGGGUGCUGGUAGCCAGAUGAGACAACAGGGUGCGGGGUAUCUGCCGAUUGAGAAUUAUGGCUUGAUUGGAAACAUGAGGACAUGUGCCCUCGUGGGCAUGGAUGGCAGUGUUGAUUACAUGUGUUGGCCCGAGUUUGACUCUCCUUCUGUCUUCUGCCGCCUCUUGGAUAAGGAUAAGGGGGGUUACUUCAGCAUCCAUCCAGCUUCCCAUCUCAAUUGCACCACCAAACAGCAGUACUUGCCUUCUUCCAACAUCCUCCAGACCAGAUACAUUCACGAAGAUGGUGUUGUGGACCUGGUGGACUUCUUCCCUCGACCCAAGAGCUCAAAGGUCAUCUUCAAGGGGCCCAAACAAUCGGCCUAUCGAGAGAUGACUAGCGUUCAAGAAGAGCUCAAGAAAUGGCUCGUCCGACGUGUAGAGUGUAUCCGCGGCCACCUCGAGCUCGACGUCGAGCUCUUCCCGGCCUUUGAGUACGCCACCGAACCACACGAGACCACCAUCGUCCAAGAAACCAACGUCGCCCACGGUUCAACAAGCAAAACCGUCACCUUCCACAGCAAAAACGUCAAGCUCCAACUCGACGUCACCAUCGACCGGGGUGAAGACAACGACGACAAGUACCCCAGCGUCAAGUUCAAAAAAGUCAUGAAAGAAGGCAUGCUCGGCGAAGGCGUGGUAGCCAGCAUCCACGUCCACCCAGGCCAGGCCGUCUCCUUCGUUUUGAGGAACGACCUCCCCAACCACGUAACAGAGAUCAUCUCCCCCGCCGUCCUCGACACCCAGCAACACGACACACAAUCCUAUUGGUACAACUGGAUCUCCCAAUCCAAAUACAAAGGCCGCUGGCGCGAAGUCGUCUCCCGCUCCCUCAUGAUCCUGAAGCUCAUGACCUACGAACCCACCGGCGCCAUCAUCGCCGCCCCCACCUUCUCCAUCCCCGAAGACAUCGGCGGCGUCCGCAACUGGGACUACAGGUUCUGCUGGGUCAGGGACGCAUCCUUCACAAUCUACAUCCUCCUCCGCCUCGGCUUCAAAGAAGAAGCAGACGCCUACAUGGACUUUAUCAACGAGCGCCUCCUCCAAUCCCGCGUCUCCGACGGUGGACUUCCCAUCAUGUUCACCAUCCGAGGCGAGACUGACAUCCCCGAGCGGGAACUUUCCCAUCUAGACGGGUACAAAGGCUCCAAACCGGUGCGCGUCGGCAACGGCGCGGCGUUUCAUCAACAGUUCGAUAUUUACGGCGAACUGAUGGACGCCAUCUACCUCUACAACAAAUACGGCAAACCCAUCCACUACGACGCCUGGGUGACGGUCCGUCAGCUCUUGGAUUACGUCCUGACGAUCCUCGACCAGCCAGACAUGUCCAUCUGGGAAGUCCGCAACAACAAGCAAAACUUCACUUACUCCAAAAUCAUGCUCUGGGUCGCCUUUGACCGGGGUCUGCGGCUUGCCGAAAAGAGGAAUUUCCCUUGUCCUAAUAGGUGGAAGUGGCUGGAGGCAAAGGAUAAACUCUAUGAGGAAAUCAUGGAACGGGGCUACAACAAGGAGAUGAAGUGUUUCGUCCAGAGUUAUGAGAACAACACCAUGCUGGACAGUAGUAUACUUAUCGCCCCGUUGGUGUUUUUUAUUGCGCCGAAUGAUCCGAGGUUUUUGAAUACUUUGGACAGGAUUAUGUUGCCGCCGGAGAAGGGGGGGUUGACGAGUACUGGGUUGGUGUAUAGGUAUGAUACGGAAUUAUCCGAGGAUGGUGUGGGAGGGAGAGAAGGCGCGUUUAGCAUGUGCACGUUCUGGCUGGUGGAAGCCAUGACGCGAGCGUCGGUGUAUGAGCCAAAGUAUCUGGUCAGGGCGAUCAACCUGUUUGAGAACAUGCUCAGCUUCUCGAACCAUCUGAUGAUGUUCAGUGAAGAAAUCAGCAGGAGUGGUGAGCAGUUGGGGAACACACCGCAGGCGUUCUCCCAUCUGGCGCUGAUCAGUGCAGCGUUUAAUUUGGAUAGGGUGUCGGAGUUUAAGCGCUGAACGGUGAGGUAGUAGAUACUUAUGAGGAAAUGAUGAUAUGUAAAGUUCUUGGUUUAUAUGUUUCCGUCUGCAUACCUCGAUUGGUAGCCAUUCACCCUCCCCACAAAA